AUUUUCUCCAAGCCUUAUCUCGCAACCAUGUUCUUCCCGGACUACGAAAACGAACUAGCACUUCUGGCUCCUAUUCUCAACUUCAAUCACGGUGGUCAGGAUGCUAAUACUCCUGGCUAUAAUGGAGGCCAGGUAGUUGGCCAGAAACCGCAGAUGGAUUUCCCCUCGUCGCAUGUCCAGAACCCGCUGGAUAUGCAAGUCGCCGGUGGUGCUCCAGCCCUCUAUGCGGGUCAUUGGUCGGAGGGACAUUUCGCUGGUGAGCAGAUCCAGCCAUAUAUGGAUCAGCAGUCUUUUCUGCCUCCAGCCGGUACUGGAUUUGUGGCUCCCUAUGAGGCGCAACCACCCAGAUUUCAGCAACCGCCUCCGCAUCCUGCUGCGAGCGGCUAUGGGACCUUUCACGACGCCCAGCGGUUCAUGCCUCAGCAGUCCCUUCCGCCUCCGGCUGUCAAUGGUUUCGGGCUGCCUCACCAGGAGCAGCAUCAUCCGCCCCCGCUGUUCGCAGCUGCCCCGCAUCUGUGGACUGGUCCUUUCGCUCCUGGCCAGGUGCAACAGCCCAUGGCUAGCGGCCCCGCAGGACUCGUGGCUACCACGCCUCGAACGGCCGGUAGUCUCCCACAGCUAGGCGGUCUCCAGUCCCGGGCAGCUCAGCAGCAUUUCAUCGACCAGUUCCUCGGCAGCGGCAGCUUCGGAACGGUCUUUGAAUUCUGGGACUUUAGCUCCGCCCUGCGCAGCGAUGAGAUCGACCGUGCCGCCGCGGUUCUGCUCGGGGCCGAAUGGACGUGGCCGAGUCAGGAGGCAAAGAGCAACGACGUCGGGAUGGCCAUGUUGCGUUGCCUUGUACGGCUCAUGCAGCGCUGUGGGUACAGCCCGCAAAUGCGGCAGCACUUCACUGGCGGCAACCUCCCCAAGGCGAUCCAGUUUGGGGUGUACGAGCCCAGUAACACGCAGUUCGCCGGGGAGCUGGGCACCACGCUGCCGCUUCCAGACUGGCUGGCGAAGGGCUUCCGGAGGAGAGUGGUUGGCGCGCAAACGAAGGGGAAUCCAGUGCCGGACACUCCCUUCGAGGUGCUAGACUUUGUGCCGCCGGUGGAGCGUGGACGUCAGGAUGUCGCGGGAGCUGGUGCUGCGGGCGUGCCCAAAGGGUUGCGGGAGAUAUGGAUAUGGGGAUAUGAGUGA